UCCGUCAAGGAAGGAGGAGGAAGAGGGAGGGAAGAAGAAGGAUGUUGUCUGGCGGCCAGCGUCAUUGUCAUUCGCUUUGACUUUUGCAAGUCGACGUUGCUGCUGCAAGACGAUAGAAUCACAUUUUAUUCUUUCUUUUCUUCUUUUUUGGGGGGGCGGGUGGGGCUGGCGUGAGGGUAGAGUAUGAACGGCGAAUCUCGUGGCUAUGCCGUUUAACGAGCGUCGUCGUAAUUCCGCGCACCUGCCACGAAGUCGGAGCACAACAAAAGCGUUGUAAAAUGGCUGCGACCCUCCAAGCAAUCGAAAUCCUAUUUUAGUCUUUUAAUCCAUGCCAUCGAGAGGAGGGCGUUCGUUGUUUUGAUGACGCUCGCACCACCAGCUGUUUGUUUUCAAGCUUGGAGCGAGUGCACUGACACCCCUUUUUAACAUUACUAAUUAGAGUAAUACUCAAUUAAUGGUCCAUGUGUCUUGUAAAAACCGACUGAGAUCAUCAGCAUCAUCAUGUGGGUGAGUCCCGAAGAGGUGUUACUGGCGGGCGCGCUGUGGAUCACGGAGCGGGCCAAUCCAUAUUUCAUCCUCCAGAAGCGGAAGGGCCACGGCGGGGAAGGCGGAGGACUGGCUGGUCUAUUGGUGGGGACCUUGGACGUGGUCCUGGAUUCAAGUGCCCGCAUGGCUCCCUACAGGAUUCUCUACCAAACCCCGGACUCUCUCUCCUACUGGAUCAUUGCUCACGCCACUUCGCGGAAAGAGAUCACCGAGCACUGGGAGUGGCUGGAGCACAACAUGCUGCAGACGCUCUCCAUCUUUGAGAAUGAGAAUGACAUCACCACAUUUGUCAAAGGAAAAGUCCAGGGCAUCAUCGCAGAGUAUAACAAGAACCACGACGUCAAAGAGGAUGACGACACGGACAAGUUCAAGGAGGCCAGCUCCAAGUUCCGCAAGCUGUUUGGCAUGCCAGACGAGGAGAAGCUGGUCAACUAUUACUCGUGCAGCUACUGGAAGGGCAAAGUGCCACGGCAAGGCUGGCUCUACCUCAGCAUCAACCACCUGUGCUUCUAUUCCUACCUGCUGGGGAAAGAAGUCAAGCUGGUGGUGCGCUGGGCUGACAUCACACAACUGGAGAAGAGUGCCACCCUGCUGCUGCCCGACGGCAUCAAAGUGAGCACGCGCAGCCACGAACACGUCUUCUCCGUCUUCCUCAACAUCAACGAAACCUUCAAACUGGCCGAGCAGCUGGCCAACAUCGCCAUGCGCCAACUGCUGGACAACAAGGGCUUCGAGGAGGACCGCUCUCUGCCCAAGCUCAAAAAGAAGUCGCCCACGAAGGUGUCGGCCCUCAAGAGGGACUUGGACGCCCGAGCCAAGAGUGAGCGCUACAGAGCACUCUUCCGUCUGCCCAAAGAUGAAAAACUGGAUGGGCACACGGACUGCACCCUGUGGACCCCCUUCAGCAAAACGCACAUCCUGGGACAGAUGUUUGUCUCCACCAACUACAUCUGCUUCACCAGCAAGGAGGAGAUGCAGUGCAGCCUCAUCAUUCCCCUCCGCGAGGUGACCAUCGUGGAAAAGGCCGACAGCUCCAACGUGCUCCCCAGUCCUGUUUCCAUCAGCACCAAGAACCGAAUGACUUUCCUGUUUGCCAACCUGAAGGACCGCGACUUCCUGGUGCAGAGGAUUUCGGACUUCCUGCAGCAGACGCCCUCCAAAACCUGCCUGGAGCGGGAGCUCACCGGCAGCCUCAACAGCUCUGACGACGAGGUUUACGGAUCGCUGCUGUCGAGCAGCCCACAGCACAGCUUGAGCUCAGAGGGCGAGCGCACCUUCAACCUGAACGACAGCAGCGUGCCCACCGCCUCGCAGGCCCUCAUGACCAUGUACCGACGCCGCUCACCUGAGGAUUUUAAUCCCAAACUGGCUAAAGAGUUCCUGAAGGAGCAGGCCUGGAAGAACCACUUCACCGAGUUCGGCCAGGGUGUGUGCAUGUACCGCACCGAGAAGACCAAAGAGCUCGUUCUCAAAGGCAUUCCCGAGGGCAUGAGAGGAGAUCUCUGGCUCCUGUUUUCCGGUGCCAUCAACGAAAUGGCCACCCAUCCCGGCUAUUAUGAAGACCUGGUGGAGCGCUCCAUGGGCAAAUACAAUUUGGCCACCGAGGAAAUCGAGCGGGACCUCCACCGCUCUCUGCCGGAGCAUCCCGCCUUCCAGAAUGAGAUCGGCAUCGCCGCCCUCCGCCGGGUCCUCACCGCCUACGCCUUCCGGAACCCCAACAUCGGAUACUGUCAGGCUAUGAAUAUCGUGACAUCGGUGUUGCUCCUCUACGCUAAAGAGGAGGAGGCCUUCUGGUUACUGGUGGCGCUCUGUGAAAGGAUGUUGCCGGACUACUAUAACACCAGGGUUGUAGGAGCUCUGGUGGAUCAAGGCGUGUUUGAGGAGCUGGCCCGCGAGUACGUGCCUGAGCUUUACGACUGUAUGCAGGACCUCGGCGUCAUCUCCACCAUCUCGCUGUCCUGGUUCCUCACGCUCUUCCUGUCGGUCAUGCCGUUCGAGAGUGCCGUGGUGGUGGUGGACUGCUUUUUUUUCGACGGCAUCAAGGUGAUCUUCCAGCUGGCGCUCGCCGUGCUGCACGCCAACAUCCACCAGCUGCUGGGCUGCAAGGACGACGGCGAAGCCAUGACGGUGCUGGGCAGAUACUUGGACAACGUGACAAAUAAGGACAGCACCUUGCCGCCCAUCCAGCAUCUGCACUCCUUGUUGACAGACAACGGAGAGCCUCAUCCAGAGGUGGACAUCUUCAAACUGGUCCGAAAUUCUUACGAGAAAUUUGGCUCAAUCCGCGCUGAUGUCAUCGAGCAGAUGCGUUUCAAACAGAGGCUGAGGGUCAUCCAGACCAUCGAAGACACGACCAAACGCAACGUGGUCAGAACUAUUGUAACAGAGACGGCCUUCGGCAUCGACGAGUUGGAGGAGCUCUUUGUCCUCUUCAAGGCGGAGCACCUGACCAGCUGCUACUGGGGAGGCAGCAGCAACCCAACGGAGCGCCACGACCCCAGCCUGCCCUACCUGGAGCAGUACCGCAUUGACGCCGAGCAGUUCAAGGGCCUCUUCAAGCUCCUCUUCCCCUGGGCCAACGGCGCCCACUCAGACCCCUUGGCCGUGCGCUUGUUUCGCCUGCUCGACCACAACGGCGACGCCUUCAUCAACUUCAGAGAGUUCAUCAAUGGCCUCGGCGUUUUGUGUCAUGGGGACCUGACGGAGAAGCUGAAGCUCCUCUACAAGAUGCACGUUUUACCGGAGGUCACCAGCGAACAGGAAGAGCCCGACUCGGCCUUCGAGGCUACGCAGUACUUCUUUGAAGACAUGACCCCGGAAACAUCCAUGAGCCAGGAUGCGAAGAACCGAAGCGAGAAGGACGACGGCUUUGUCAGGGUGACGUUUAAAACGGAAAAAGUGAAGAAGCUGAACGCUCCUGACUAUCGCCACUACCUGAAGCUGUGGAACCAGGACAGUAAAUCCAAAACGGAGCGCACCAAAGAUCUCCCGAAGCUCAAUCAGACUCAAUUCAUCGAGCUCUGCAAGACGCUGUACAGCAUGUUCAGUGAGGACCCCGCAGAGCAGCAGCUCUAUCACGCUACUGCCACCGUCACCAGCCUGCUGCUGGAGAUGGGAGAGGUGGGCAAGCUCUUCUGCGCCACUCGCCGGGACCACCAAUGCGGGGAUCGCGAUCCUGAGUUGAGUGAGGACGAGGAGGAGCCUUCACCAGCCUUGCAGGACAUCAAGCUGGAUGACGCGUCCCCCAAAUCGGCCAUGCUCACAUCGGACGACGAGGCCAAGGACGACACGUCCGUGUCGUCGUAUUCGGUGCUGAGCGCCGGCUCGCACGAGCCGGACGACAACAACAAGCUGCGCUGCGAAGACAUCGCCGACGACACGGUGCUGGUGAGGAGCGACGAGGGCGACGAGGACAAGAAGAAGAAAAAGAAGAACUGCCAUGCCGAGCCCGGCGCGGAUGAGGACUGGGCCAUCACCUUCGAGCAAUUCCUGGCGUCGGUGCUCACCGAGCAGGCGCUGGUGCUUUACUUUGAGAAGCCCGCCGACAUGUCAGCGCGCAUCACCAACGCCAAGAACGUCCGCCAAGUAGGACGCAAAGCUCUGCUGUCCGUCAGUGACUAUGAAAUCUCACUCUCCGGUUGAGAGGAGGACCGUUUACCGCUUCGUAUUUAUACUUGUAGGCUAGAAGAACAUUUAUGGUAGAACAGUCCAGGUCCAAAUUUACAGUAAUCCUCCACUAUUACCGGCGGAUAGGAACUGAGCCCGGCCACCAGUCGCGAAAAAUCUGCAACUAAUUGAAGGCCCACUUAAAAGGUUUACGAUUGCCUAUGAAUGCCACAAGAUGGCAGCAAAGCACUACUUUUAUCAAAAAUUAAGCUCCUCAACUCACAUACAACAUAGUUGCCAAGCAACAAGAUGGCGCCAAAGCAAUGCUUUAAUUGCUGUCGCCUGAAGAAGUUUCUAAUUCAGGGGCUGGCCAAAUCAUUGUCCAGCCAUUUUAAUCAGCUGAUAUGAGCUCUUUUAAUCAGCAAAAAAA